GUGAGUGGGCCCCAGAUGAGGAGGCUCCAGCUGCAGCUGGAGACACACCAGUGGGACAAGACUAUGAGGCUGCCAUUAGCUCUUCUCUUCCUCUGUGUCCCAGAGCUGUAGGAAGCAUCAGGGGUUUAAUGGGUAUAGAACAAGCACCGUCUGUGGGAUCCUGGAAAGAACCCAGAGUGGGAGAAGACUGAGCAGCCCCUGAGAGGCAGCUGAGACACAGGGGAGAGCACCCUCAUGCUCCACGACUGACAGGCUCUUUGUCUCUGAGUGGCCCCAGCACUGUGAUGGGCACCGUGGGGGGAUCCCUCAGCGUGCAGUGUCGGUACGAGGAGAAGUACAAGACAUUUACCAAAUACUGGUGCCGACAACCAUGCUUACUACUUUGGAACCCAACUGUGGCCACUGGCAGGUCUGAGGAAAAGAUGAGGAGUGGCCGUGUGUCCAUCGUGGACCAUGCUGAAGACCUCACCUUCACAGUGACCUUGGAGAACCUCACUGCAGAUGAUGCAGGAAGAUACAGGUGUGGGAUCGCAACAAUACUGCAUGAAGAAGGACUCCAUGGUCUCCUGCCCGACCUCUUUUUCCAGGUUCAAGUGUUUGUUUCCCCCAGGUCUCCGCUUAGCAACGUCCACUUCCUGCUUCUCAUACUCCUGAAGGUGCCCCUGUUUCUGAUGAUGCUCAGUGCCGUGCUCUGGGUCAACAGACCUCAAUGGGCAAUUUGUGGGACACAGAGUCGACCUGAUGAAGACAAUAUGCAGCCCUACUUGUCUAUCAACAUCCUGUCCAGAGACACUGCCACUCAGACUAGAAGAGGAAGGACUUCUGGCCCCAAACCUUCUAUCUCUUCUCACCUUGCUCCCCGAAACUGGUCCCUGCUUAGCAGGGUCCUCUUCCUGCUCCUGGUCAUCCUGAAGGUGUCCCUGCUCCUGACCAUGCUCACUGAUGGACCCGGUGUGUCCUCUCUCCUUGUGGGGACCCCGACCAAGAGAAGCUUCAGCCCUUCGUGCCUUUGGAUAUGCUGCCCAGACACACAGCCCUUCAGAGGAGAGAAGAGAAGAAUUCACUACAUCUGAUUUACCCAUUUUUUUGUUGAUGGCUUAGGGUUGUUUCCCACUGGGGCUAUUCCACAGCCAGUGCUGCCAUGAACUUUCUUGUACAGGUCACCUAGUCUAUAUGUGACAUGAUUUCACUAGGGUACAUACUUAGGGAUGGAAUUGCUGGGGUUUAGGGUUUGUGCACACUCAACCACACUAGAUAAUGCCGAGUGAUUUUCCAAACCCGAAAUUCAUGGCCCCACUUAGCUCCCAUCAGCUAUGACUGAGGGCUCCUAUUGCCCUGCCUCUCUCUGUGAC